UUCGAGUCCAUGGCUGCAGGCUUGACUUUUGCUACGCUUCUCUCGGGUCUCCUCGCUCCGAACCGCAUGGCAAACCUCAAGCAGGCCACGACAAACGCAGUUAAGCGCUCGGCGGCAGUUCGCCGCCACGGCAACGUGCAGCUGUCCGGCGAGUGGGUGCUCGACACUACAAAGUCGUCGCACGGAGCGCUUCGUCCGUUUCUUAUCGCGUGCGGGGCGCCUCGCGUUUUUGCCGGCCCGCUCGCGCGCAAGUUCGACAGCGAUCAUCUCGUGCUCAAGGCGGAGGGCGACGAGGUCACCAUCGAGACGCCGCGCUCGGGGUGGAGCCUGCCGAUCAAGCUCCAGACCGACGCGACCUAUUCCCGCCACAAGGAGACCAUCGUCGCCACGCCGCGCGGACCCCAGCGCGCAUCGCUGGUGACGGCGUCGCAUGCCCCGAUGGCGGUCGAGAUCAUCAAGCUCGGGCCCUCGGAGGGAGAGUUCGUCACCGAGCACUAUGUCACCACGGACGAUGGAAAUCUCGAGCAGCAGCUGACACACCGCGCUGCCGACGGGAGGACCGAGGUGGUUGUGCGCCGCGUCUUCAAGCGCGUGGCGUCCGUCUGACGCCCGCAGCCGGCAACCCCGUCCAUAUGAGCCGGUGGGAAGCCUGUCUGUCGCUCGGGGCCUACGAGCACUGGGCAGCAGACUCCACUGCUGGCGCUGGCGCACCUUCUACUAUGUGCCACCCGCCACUGCUCAAAGUGUUGACAUGCUCUCCUCAUUAGUCUGACAGUAGUACGUGCGAUCUUGUCGAUCAGGUUGGUUGUUGAGAUGUGUAUGUGUACAUGACGUGGAGUAAUGUGAGGCGUGUGUAUAGUCUGAUGAGAAGUAUUACGUGGCGUUUCUUUCUUUUGCCUGCUGUG